AUGGGUGUUCCAGCGUUCUACCGCUGGUUGGCGGACAAGUACCCGUUGAUUAUAGUGGAUGUGAUUGAAGAGGAGCCGCAGGUGAUCGACGGCGUGACGGUGCCGGUGAACACGGUGGAGGCGAACCCUAACGGCGAGUUCGAUAAUCUGUACCUCGACAUGAACGGCAUCAUUCAUCCGUGCUUCCACCCCGAAGACCGCCCGUCCCCCACCACCCUGCACGAGGUGUUUCAGAACAUCUUUGACUACAUUGACCGCCUCUUCGCCAUGAUUCGCCCUCGCAAAGUCCUCUUCAUGGGCAUUGACGGUGUGGCUCCGCGAGCCAAGAUGAACCAGCAGCGCUCCAGACGAUUUCGAGCAGCCAAGGACGCAACAUACGCUGCAGCGGAGGAGGAGCGGCUGAGGAAGGAGUUUGAGCUGGAGGGGCGCAUGGUGCCGCCCAAGGAGAAGUCAGAGACGGUCGACUCCAACGUCAUCACGCCCGGCACACCCUUCAUGCAGCAACUGUCCGUGGCCCUGCAGUAUUACAUCCACCUGCGCAUCAACCAGGACCCUGCAUGGAAGAAUGUUAAGGUGAGGCCAGGGAGGGUAGGGGUAGUUUUGGGAUUUAUAGGGGAGAAGAGGGUUGGCACGCCCUUCGUGCAGCAGCUGUCCGUCGCGCUGCAGUACUACAUCCACCUUAGGAUCAAUCAGGACCCCGCCUGGAAGAAUGUCAAGGUGAGGAUUUGGCAGGGUUUGGGGCUUUGGUUUAAGAGGUGA